GAGUGAGAGACUGAGAGAGGGGCGGCGGGGCCGGGGCUGGGCGCGGCCGUGCCCCCGCUGAUGYGGAUGUGGAUGUGGAUGUGGGCUGAGCUGUUGGUUGUGCCCCGCAGGGCCGGGCUGUGGCUGCUGCGGCGGCGGCACGGCGGCACRGGCACCAUGAGGCUGCAGGCGCCGCAGUUCCAGGCGCUCUUCACGCCGGGGCUGCGCAGCGUGGCCGAACUGUUUGAGAAGAAGAACUAUGAGCUGAGAAUAGCAGGAGGGGCCGUGAGGGAUUUAUUGAGUGGAGUGACACCACAGGACAUCGACUUUGCCACCACAGCCACACCAGCAGAGAUGAAGGAGAUGUUCACAGCAGCUGGGGUUCGUCUGAUCAAUAACAAAGGAGAAAAACACGGAACCAUCACUGCCAGGCUCCAUGAACAGAAUUUUGAAAUUACCACUCUCCGAAUAGAUGUUGUCACYGAUGGACGGCACGCAGAGGUGGAGUUCACCACUGACUGGCACAAGGAUGCUGAGAGGAGGGAUCUGACUGUCAACUCCAUGUUUUUAGGUUUGGAUGGGACACUGUAUGAUUUCUUUAAUGGUUAUGAAGACUUGAAAAGCAAGAAAAUCAGAUUUGUAGGGAAGGCARCUGAGAGAAUACAAGAGGAUUAUUUACGAAUCCUGAGAUAUUUCAGAUUUUAUGGAAGAAUUGCAGAAAAACCUGGAGAUCAUGAAUCUAAUACACUACAAGCAAUUAAAGAAAAUGCCAAAGGCUUGGCUGGAAUAUCAGGAGAAAGGAUUUGGGUGGAACUGAAGAAAAUUCUUCUGGGAAACCAUGUAAACCACUUGGUUCAACUUAUGUAUGAGCUGGAUAUUGCCCAGUACAUAGGGCUACCACUCGAUGGGAAUUUAGAGGAAUUUGCCAGAGUCACAAAAAACAUCCAAAAUUUGUCUCCAAAACCCAUGACUGUCCUGACAUCUUUGUUCAAGAGCAAGGAUGAUGUCACAAACCUGGACCUGAGACUGAAAAUCUCCAAGGAGGAAAAAAACCUUGGUCUUUUCUUGGUGAAGCACAGGCAGGAGUUAACCAAAGGCUCGGCGCCAGAACCACUUAGACCAUACCAGGACUUCCUGAUGGAUUCUAGGGAAGCAAACACCAAUUCCAAGAUCUUCGAGCUCCUGAAGUAUCAAGGAGAAGAACAACUUUUGAAAGAAAUGCAGGAAUGGACUGUUCCCUCUUUCCCCGUCAGUGGCCAYGAUCUGCGGAAGAUGGGGGUGUCCUCUGGGAAGGAAAUUGGGACAGCACUGCAGCAGCUGAGGGAUGAAUGGAAGAAGAGUGGAUACCACAUGGAUAAAGAGGAACUGCUGAGCUGCCUGAAGAGGCCAUAAAGUGAAUAAUAACAGAACUGUUUGUGCCCUGAUCUGAGUGCAACUGAGCUCCCAGGAAACUGAGCCACUCACAGCCAACUGAGCAUUUGUCACAUYUAACAUUUUCAUUCCUAAUUCAUAAUUUAUGCAAAGAGAGGUUUAAUACUGUAAUAAUGUAAAAUAUGGUUUGCCAAACUCCACAUUCUCAACCUGCCUUUGCACUAUUUAGGGAUAAAUAUUUGGUACUUCAUCAUAACUUCAGAGCACGAGAGGUGACAUAGAGAUUUUUCUUGUUCUGACUUUCUAUAACCAAAAAAAAAACCCAAAUCCCCCAACAAUGGUUGUUUUCAUCCUCUAGAUAAAAUCAUGGAGGUUUUUCCAUGUGCCUAAGAGAAUGUCUGGAAAUAAUGGGCUCUACCUUAACCUUUUUUGUACUUAAAGCUGGAAAUACUCCAGCAGUUCCCAAACAGUCUGGAAAACCAGGCUGUGUCCUAAGACUUUUUUAUUUUCCAGAAUUCCAGAAUCAGUUUAAGUUAAAAGGAUGACUUGGCUGAGUGAGUAUCAUGAACUUUCAGUAGUUUUUCAGUARCUUAUCACUGAGUAAAUCCAUAGAAAGCUGGUGAAGGUUCUAYGGUUUAUUUUCUACUUCAGGUGUGAGACAAACGAUUAAUGUUAAUUAACAUUAAUAGAGAGGAGAUCCAGUUCCUUGUCUUGGGRAUUUGGGGAUUUGGAGCAGUGCUGUUCCUGGCUGGUCUUUAUGAAUGUAUUCCCAUCCCUAUUUUUUUGUUUUGUGUGUGCUGUUAAAAAACCUCCUCUGGGAGCAGAUAAACCUCCUCUUGUCUGUAUAAAUCUUCCUGCAGGUUGAAGUUUUCCUACAGAACCAUGGUAACAAAUAAACUCCUUUGGAUUUCA